AUGUCGACGCUGGCCCCCCUGCGUCUGCUGCGCGAGCCCUCGAAUGCCAGCGAGGGCAACCACAGCAACGCUACGGUCGGGGCCGGUGGCGGCUGGUGCCAGGGGCUGGACAUUCCCAACGAGCUGUUCCUGGCGCUGGGGCUGGUGAGCCUGGUGGAAAACCUGCUGGUGGUGGCCGCCAUCCUGAAGAACAGGAACCUGCACUCGCCCACCUACUACUUCAUCUGCUGCCUGGCGGUGUCGGACAUGCUGGUGAGCAUCAGCAACCUGGCGGAGAUGCUCUUCAUGCUGCUGCUGGAGCACGGGGUGCUGGUGAUGCGCCCCAGCAUCGUGCGCCACAUGGACAGCGUCAUCGACACGCUCAUCUGCAGCUCCGUGGUCUCGUCCCUCUCCUUCCUGGGGGUCAUCGCCGUGGACCGCUACAUCACCAUCUUCUACGCCCUGCGCUACCACAGCAUCAUGACCCUGCAGCGCGCCGUGGUCACCAUGGCCAGCGUCUGGCUGGCCAGCACCAUCUCCAGCACCGUCCUGAUCGUCUACUACCGCAGCAACACCAUCCUCCUCUGCCUCAUCGGCUUCUUCCUCUUCAUGCUGGUCCUCAUGCUGGUGCUCUACAUCCACAUGUUCGCCCUGGCCCGCCACCACCUCCACAGCAUCUCCAGCCAGCAGAAGCCGCCCACUGCCCACCGUGGUGGCAGCCUGAAGGGUGCCGUCACCCUCACCAUCCUCCUGGGCGUCUUCUUUAUCUGCUGGGGGCCCUUCUUCUUCCACCUCAUCCUCAUCGUCACCUGUCCCACCAACCCCUUCUGCACCUGCUUCUUCAGCUACUUCAACCUCUUCCUCAUCCUCAUCAUCUGUAACUCGGUGAUUGACCCCCUCAUCUACGCCUUCCGGAGCCAGGAGCUCCGGCGGACGCUGCGGGAGGUGGUGACGUGCUCCUGGAUGCGGCGGCGGCCGCGCCGCCCCCGCGCUCCCGGUGCCGCUCCGCUCCGGUGCCGCUCCGCUCCCGGCCCCAGCCCGCUCCCGUCCCGUCCCGCUCCGCUCCGGCCCGGCCGCACCAUGAGGGAGAUCGUCCACAUCCAGGCGGGGCAAUGCGGCAACCAGAUCGGCGCCAAGUUCUGGGAGGUGAUCAGCGACGAGCACGGCAUCGACCCCAGCGGCAACUACGUGGGGGACUCGGACCUGCAGCUUGAACGCAUCAGUGUCUACUACAAUGAGGCCUCUUCUCACAAGUACGUGCCUCGUGCCAUCCUGGUGGACCUGGAGCCGGGGACGAUGGACAGCGUGCGCUCGGGUGCCUUCGGCCACCUCUUCCGCCCCGACAACUUCAUCUUCGGGCAGAGCGGUGCCGGCAACAACUGGGCCAAGGGGCACUACACAGAGGGGGCCGAGCUGGUGGACUCGGUGCUGGACGUGGUGCGCAAGGAGUGUGAGAACUGCGACUGCCUGCAGGGCUUCCAGCUGACCCACUCGCUGGGCGGCGGCACCGGCUCAGGCAUGGGCACGCUGCUCAUCUCCAAGGUGCGCGAGGAGUACCCCGACCGCAUCAUGAACACCUUCAGCGUGGUGCCGUCGCCCAAGGUGUCGGACACGGUGGUGGAGCCCUACAACGCCACGCUGUCCAUCCACCAGCUGGUGGAGAACACGGACGAGACGUACUGCAUUGACAACGAGGCGCUCUACGACAUCUGCUUCCGCACCCUCAAGCUGGCCACCCCCACCUACGGCGACCUCAACCACCUGGUGUCGGCCACCAUGAGCGGCGUCACCACCUCCCUGCGCUUCCCCGGGCAGCUCAACGCCGACCUGCGCAAGCUGGCCGUCAACAUGGUGCCCUUCCCGCGGCUGCACUUCUUCAUGCCCGGCUUCGCGCCGCUGACGGCUCGGGGCAGCCAGCAGUACCGCGCCCUCACCGUGCCCGAGCUCACCCAGCAGAUGUUCGACGCCAAGAACAUGAUGGCCGCCUGCGACCCCCGCCAUGGCCGCUACCUCACCGUGGCCACCGUCUUCCGUGGCCGCAUGUCCAUGAAGGAGGUGGAUGAACAGAUGCUGGCCAUCCAGAGCAAGAACAGCUCCUACUUUGUGGAGUGGAUCCCCAACAACGUCAAGGUGGCCGUGUGCGACAUCCCGCCGCGGGGGCUGAAGAUGUCCUCCACCUUCAUCGGCAACAGCACGGCCAUCCAGGAGCUCUUCAAGCGCAUCUCGGAGCAGUUCACGGCCAUGUUCCGCCGCAAGGCCUUCCUGCACUGGUACACGGGCGAGGGCAUGGACGAGAUGGAGUUCACCGAGGCCGAGAGCAACAUGAAUGACCUGGUGUCCGAGUACCAGCAGUACCAGGACGCCACGGCCGAGGAGGAGGGUGAGAUGUACGAGGACGACGAGGAGGAGUCGGAGGCGCAGGGCGCCAAGUGAUGCCCGCCGCCCCCCGGCACUGCCCGCAGCCCCCGGCUUCGCGCUGCUGCAGCCCCAGGUGCUGCUCCCCCGCCAUGCCCUCAGUGUCUCCUGACCCCGUCCCCCCCUGAGCCGGCUCGGCCCCUCGGCCCCCUUCCCACCUCCCCCCUUUUCGUUUUUUACUGGUUUGUGUCUUAUUAUUUUUUUUGAAUACUUAAUAAAUUUAUUGCUGUCCAGGUA